AUGUCACCGAAGCGGUCGCCGGCGCCGGCGCCGCCGUCCCCCGCCGGGCCCCCCUCCGCCUUCAGCUUCCCCGCGCCCGCCGCCACCCCCGCGCCGCCCGGCCCCGCCACGCCCACACACGAGCCUCUGUCGGGGGGAGGGUCGGCCUCCUCAGCGGGCGUGUGCGGCACGCCGCCGCCGCUGCCGCCGCGCCGCCCGCGCGAGCCCGCCGCGGCGCCGCUGCCCACACCUUUGUUACAGUGGAACAGUGGACCGCACGGUGCAGGCUGCCGCCACUCGUCUUCUUCAUGGCGUCAGACCAUCUCUUACGAGCCCCACCCUGAGCGCGUUUGCCAUUCAUUCGCCCCAAGAUGA